UCUCUCACAGCCCCUUCCUCCUGCUGCUGCACCCACUACUGCAUACUCAGGGCUUCGCUGCUGGCACCAUGCAGUCCCCCCACUGCUGCCUCCUCCUUCUCCUCCACCUCCUCCUCCUCUCUGGGACAUGGGCAGACCAGGAGGGGACCUUCACCCUCCAGCUGCUCCAGACCUCCACCUUCCAAAAUACUUCCUUUGUGGACACAGAGGGGCUGGGCCUGCUGGAAGACAUCGAGCUCGGUUCUCUUGACAAGCGCACUUGGACCAUCCGCUUCUACCAGCCCUGGGUGCGCCCAGCCCUGCCCCACAGUGACUGGGACACCAUUGAGAACAUGAUCAAGAUCUAUUUGCAGCAGUUCAGCCACCUGAUCAAUGAAGGUGCAAUGCAGAAGGAUGUGCCCUACCCCUUCGUGGCCCAGUGCAUGGCUGGCUGCAAGCUCUACCCCAACAGGACCGCCCAAGCCUUUGCCUAUGUAGGCUACAACGGCCAGGACUUCCUGAGCUUCAACGUGGACAAUGCCACCUGGCUCCUCUCCCAAGACACCAAUCUGUCACGGUACGUCCAGGCUGUUCUCCAGAACUAUACCGCCUUCAGCGAGCUGGUGGAUGUCCUCUUCAAUGAUACCUGUAUUGAUGACAUGGAGGUGUUACUGCACUAUGGGAAGGCAGCUCUUGAGAGACAAGAGCUGCCUGUGGCCACGGUCUUCGCUCGCACACCCAGACCAGACCAAGUCCUGCUGGUUUGCCGCGUCACCGGCUUCUACCCACGGCCCAUCAGUGUGGCCUGGCUGCGGGAUGGCCAGGAGGUGCCGCCAGGCCCGGCGCUCAACACCAGUGACAUCCUGCCCAAUGCUGACCUCACCUACCAGCUCCGCAGCAUCCUGGCUGUGGCCCCCCGUGAUGGGCACAGCUACGCCUGUCGCGUGCGCCACCGCAGCCUGGGCACCCGCAGCCUCAUCAUCCCAUGGGGGAACUCAGAGCUGGUGCUGAUCACAGUGCUCAUGGCCGGGCUACUGGCAGCUGUGGCUGUGGCUGCCAUCAUGGCACUUUGGGUGUGGAGACGCAGAAAGCACCAGCAGAUGGAGGAAUCAGAGUCCAGGAACUCCAUCCUGAGCAAAGAAGCUUAGCCCAGAAGGGAGCCAACAGCCUUUGUUUCCUUUCACCACCUUCACAGGGACAAAAAAAUCUACCUUCUUCUGCUUUGACAAAAUUCUGGGCACUGCUGAGUGUGAGAACAACUCGACUUGGAGACGCUGGGGGGAAACCUGGGGGACUCCUGACCCACUUCAGUUUGCUAAGCAGACAAGGAUGCAAGUCUGAGACCUCCUCACUCAUUACACACAAUGAUCUCUUACCUCAUGGCAGUGCCUCAUGCACCCACUGAGGCUCUUUAGGGCACCCCAAUGCCCAGUGGCAACUUCUCUGAGUUCUGGUACAAUAACAAAUUUAUCAGUAGGUGGUAAGCUGUGCCCCUCUGCUGUUCCUUUCUAGUACUUUUUCUAAAAGCUGCCUUUUUUAACCUUAUUCCAGAUAUAUUUGUGCUGAGACAGAACUGUUCCACCACAGACUAACAGCACUUGGCCACAAACCGUUUUACAAAGUGCCGAGUGACACUGAAACUCUGAUGUAA